UUCUGCCGCUUCAAAUGCCAAACUUGCCAUUUCAUUCAAGCAGCAUCCAUAUACGAUAUCAUGAAGGCCAUCUUUUGGCUGUCCGUUCUUUCUCAAUUUCUUGAGACUAGCGCUCAAGCGCAAAAUGUCAUCGCGUGUCCUGAACAAAUUGGAGGUGUUCCACAAGCUUGUGUGAACCGAGAAUGUGGGAACGAAGAUCCAGAGAAUGAGGGCCAUUGCGCCAAAGAAGCCGCGGACCAGUCGCACUGUGUUUGCGACCCAGCUGCAACAACAGCUCAACCAUUGGUGACUUCGGUUGUCACAGCUCCAACAUCAAGCGGUUCUACCAGUGCUGGGUCUGCUACCUAUGCUCUCGCGACACUCACAGAAUAUAAAGACCUUCGUGAGAGCAUUACAGCAACUAUCACGGUAUCACCAACGCAAUCUGGUGAGCCCGCCGAUACCGUCGCUGCAGUUGUAUUUGCUGGGGGAGUUGCUUGGUAUCUUGCCAGCUUUGUGGGCGCUGAAGCUGCCGCGUUGGCGGCUCCAAAGGAGGCCCCACCCAGCCACAGAGAUGACGAGAGGUGUGAAGGCGAAAAGUCCAAGUGCGAGGAUUGUGGUGCUACUCUCGGGUUCUGUGUUGAGCCAAACCCAGGUUGCGCUUGCGAGGAGGAGGAGAAAUGUCCAGAACAGAAGCCGUCUUGUGAGGCAACGGAGUGCAAAGGAGACGAAGGCAAAUGCACACUAGGUGAUCUCAAGGACUGUGAGUGUGAAGAGAACAACGAAUGUCCCGAUGACAUGGACUCUCCCUUCUGUUCUGCUUGCGGAGGCGAAAUGGUUGACAGGGCGCAAUGUUCGGGUGAUUCACCUUGCUGCAAUGGGGAUGAGACCGGCAAGAAUAAAGGCUGCGGCUGUUAUCAAGACGAUGGGGUGGGUAUCUUCGCCCUGGAGAGCCCAGUUGAUCAAACGGCGGCCGCCGCUUGGUGGAAGAACGCAAUAGAACAGGAGGACCCCAUUUGCCAGAAGAAAGACCCAAAGUUCUCGGAAAUGACCGCGCCACAGCACGUUAGGGAUGGAGACCCAAGUGUCGAAAAGGCUGCGAAAGAAUGGUGCGCGAGCAUGAACGGCAAGACAGUAAAAGACGGAGACGAAGUGCCGUAUAAAUUCAUUCAGCAAGACCUUGGCAGCUUCUGGCUCUCAUCAUCGUUUCGGAAAACUGCACCAGGUAACCUCAGGUGCGGUAACGAAGCCAAGGUAGUUGGGGACGAUUGCUUCCAAUCCAUGAUGAGCGCGGUGGAAAGAUGCGCGCCACACCAAGCGACGACUCACGGAGCUGCUAUUGCUAAAGGAUGCCUCUUCUAUAACGUUACUGUGGAUGGCACAACGGACUCAAGACAUCCCCCAUGGAAGGGUGAUAAGGGCAAGCCGGAAUGCGACCCCAAGGUUUCUAACAUCGAAGGGACCUUCUUCCGUGGCCUUUAUCCCCAAUUUUGCUCACAGGUCAAGGAUGGCGAGGCUAUCAAGAAGACCCUCACAAACGAGGACUUCAAGUCGUCGAGCAAUAGCAAGCGAGCUCCUCCCCCAAGCAACAGCCAAUACGAAGGAUACAAGUUCAACUUCGAAUUCUCUGGGGGCGACAAUUGUGAAGUCAGUUGUGACGAUGCCUUCGGAGAGAUUCGCAGUGCCUGUUCCGGCACCACGACUCUAAAGUACAAAGGAAGUAUCGAUGCUGGCUGUGGAACUUACUCAUACUCGAUCGAGGAUCCGCCUCCGCCGCCUCCGCCUAGUCCAGUGGAAUGCAAACCGCUCGAAGCAGCCCCGGCUUGGGGAUUGACACCAGAAUGCUUCGAUAGUGAUAACUGUCGAUAUCCCCAGGCAGGUUACCCGAGAUCCGCCUAUCAAGCCGCUGGUCAUCAAUUCUGCUAUGGCGGCUACGACUGGACGGCCAAACGGGAUGAUGAAUGGUCCGCUUCAAACUAUUUUUGGUUUGACACCACAACAAUCGACCCGGAUACUGAUCUUCCGACGUACUGCGUUGGCUCUGCAGUGGGUGAAUAUCGGCAAUGGAGCCCAGAGUCGGGUGAGAACUGUAAGGCCCGUGAGGGCGGCCUUAAGCACUCUGACAGCAAAAUCGAGGUUAUGGUUACCCCGGCCAAGGAUCAGAAUGGGUGCAAAUCACUCAAGGAUCACAAACUUCCGAAGGAUGGUGACUGCACUAAAAUCUUUGAUCAAGUGUCUGAAAAAUGUAUAACUGGUGAUGGUGAGGAUGAGACCGGUGGACUUUUCUUGGAGGACUCAGAAGACGGUUGCUGGGAAUGGUGGAUUUGGGGUGUUCACCUCUCGUAA